AUAAAUUGCUGUAGAAGGUUCGGAACUUAUAAUUUGGUACUUUCAGCAAGUUUAUUACAGUUUAGUAGCCCGCAAAGAUCUUCCAUAGUUGGUGUUUUUGCCGCCGGAAGGUGCGCCACAUUGUCUCAAGCGCUGAAUAUUGCUAGCACGGAUAAACUGCUGAUCGCUUUCAGCCGAACCGAUCCUACUCCGGGGUGAUCCUCCUGCUGUACUGAUCCGAAGACAGUGCGCCCGGACACACUGCCGGAGCGCGCUGUCAGAGAUGGCUGCUCCGGCGUGCCCGAUGGACGCGGCCAACACCCUCCUGCUCCUGUCGGCCGGCUCCAGCGGCGUCCAAGGACUCCCGACGGACUCCUCCGGUACCGUCCGAAGUCUGCAGGACUCCUCCGGCACCGUCCGGAGUCUGCCGACGGACUCCUAUGACGUCCUCCCAGCUCCGCCGGUGGACUCCUCCCGCACCAUCCAGCUGGCGCCAGUGAACCCGCCGUCCGCCACUCUCCAACUCCUGUCCGGGAUAGUCCCGACGCCCGGCCUGCUGGCAAUGGUGGACUGCCGACUGCGGCACCAGCAACAGCAGCUACAGCGGCCGCUCAGUUUCCUACUCUGGAACCCAGAGACUCCGCAAGUGCUCCAUCCGGUCUCGGUGGUCUAUAUCCUGUAUCCGGCCAGCUCCACCAACCUACCCGCUCAGGGCGCGUACAGCUACGGUCAGUACGACGAGCGUCCCGCUGAGGUGUGGCCGCCACAGACGCCGGACGCCGGCUACAGCACACCGACGUCCCUGGCACAGCAGCACCAGGACCAGCAGCAGCAGCAGCAGCAACAGCAACAGCAGCAGACGCACACCAACAACAACUACUACCCGCAGACGGACGGUAUCCUGACGGAACUGGGCGCGGGCCUCGCGCCGCCGCCGCCCACCCCGGGCUCCCACCUGCCGCCCGGCUACCCCGACAACCACCCCGUGGACCUGAGCUCGCCGCGACCCGACCUCGACUACCGGCGGGACCCGUAUAAACCCACCGGACUCAGUCUCAACAUCCAGGACGAUUGGGCCAACCACGAUGUCAAAUACAACGGCGCGUACAACAGAUAUCUGAGCGGCGGCCCGCUGCUGCCCGGCUCUCUGACGCCGCCCGACAAGCUCGGCUCGGAGCUCGGUCUGCACCCGUCGCCGCACCACCCACACCACCCGCACCACCCGGGCGGGCACCCGGCGCAGCUCGCUGCCGCCGCAGCCGCCGCCGCCGCCGCCGGCACCCAUUUGAUGGGUGUGCCCGGCUCGGGGCCGCUAUCCGUCAACACCCUGUCGAGCAUGCAGGCACCGCCCAGUCCGCUGCCCACGCCGAGCCCGCCAGUGCCCUACCCGAUGGCUAUGAAGGACCAGCGUCUGACGCGGGACGCCAUGAAGCGCUACCUGGAGGAGCACGGUGACCAGGUGAUCGUCAUCCUGCACGCCAAGGUGGCGCAAAAGUCGUACGGAAACGAGAAACGCUUCUUCUGCCCACCGCCCUGUAUCUAUUUAUACGGCGACGGCUGGCGGCGCAAACGGGAACAGAUGCUGAAGGAAGGAGAGUCGGAGCAGGGCGCGCAGCUGUGCGCCUUCAUUGGCAUCGGGAACUCAGACCAGGACAUGCAGCAGCUCGACCUCAAUGGAAAGCACUACUGCGCGGCCAAAACCCUGUUCAUCUCCGACUCGGACAAGCGGAAACACUUCAUGCUCAGCACCAAGAUGUUCUACGGAAACGGCAUGGACAUCGGCGUGUUCCACAGCAAGCGCAUCAAGGUCAUAUCCAAGCCCAGCAAGAAGAAGCAGUCGCUGAAAAACGCGGACCUGUGUAUCGCCAGCGGCACCAAGGUAGCGCUGUUCAACCGGCUGCGCUCGCAGACGGUCAGCACGCGCUACCUCCACGUGGAGAACGGCAACUUCCACGCGUCGUCCACGCAGUGGGGCGCCUUCACCAUCCACCUGCUGGACGAGUCGGAGUCGGAGUCUGAGGAGUUCACCGUCCGCGACGGCUACAUCCACUACGGCAGCACGGUGAAGCUGGUCUGCUCCGUCACCGGCAUGGCGCUGCCGCGACUCGUCAUCAGGAAGGUGGACAAGCAGAUGGCCCUGCUGGACGCCGACGAUCCCAUCUCGCAGCUGCACAAGGUGGCCUUCUACAUGAAGGACACAGAGCGGAUGUACCUGUGCCUCAGCCAGGAGCGCAUCAUUCAGUUCCAGGCGACGCCGUGUCCCAAGGAAAUGAACAAGGAGAUGAUCAACGACGGCGCGUGCUGGACCAUCAUCUCGACGGACCGGGCCGAGUACACCUUCUACGAGGGCAUGGGCCCCGUGCGGACGCCCGUGACGCCCGUGCCCAUCGUCCACAGCCUACACCUGAAUGGCGGCGGCGACGUGGCGAUGCUCGAGCUGGCCGGAGAGAACUUCGGCCCCAAGCUGAAGGUGUGGUUCGGAGAGGUCGAGGCCGAGACCAUGUUCCGCUGUGGAGAGUCUAUGCUGUGUGUGGUACCCGACAUCUCAGCGUUCAGAGGCAACUGGCAGUGGGUGCGGCAACCGACCAACGUACCGGUGUGUCUGGUGCGGAACGACGGCGUCAUCUACGCCACGGGUCUGACGUUCACCUACACCCCGGAGCCAGGGCCGCGGCCGCACGUAUCCGGCGUCCACGACGUGAUGCGGCCCGGCGCGCCGCCGCCGCCGCCGCCCCCCGCGCCCGCGCCGCAGCGCAUCGCCGCCAUCGACAACAUCAUGCCGUACGACACGCCGCCUAGUAUGUAGGCGGCCUGCCCCGGCCGGGCCGGGCGGGGCACGGGCCGCCCAGUCGUGGGGACGGCGCUCAGUGAUGGGUGACGGCGGCGCGCGUGGACAGUGGCCCGGGACGGACGGACAGACGGCCGACCGGCCUCGGCGCCGGCGCGUUUCAUGUGAUAUUGAAAUAUUAUCGUGGUGCACCGACGCGGCGCAGACUAUGUGGCGGUGCGCGCGCUCGUUGACCUGCCGAGUGGUGUGUGUUUGUGUAUGUGCCUGUGAGCGUGCGGCGGCGCGCGCCGGACGCGGUCGAGUCUCAGCGCGCGCGCGGAACGGCGGCCGACAGAGCCGUCAACUGUUUGGAUGUACAAACCUUGUUAUACAUAAUAUGCUAGAAGUGUCGUCGCGAUCUCGGUGCGUAGACGUGUGUGUGCGUGCGUGUGUGCAGAGGCCCGCCAGUGCCCAGGCGGGGAACAGACAGCUAACAACCAAAGGUUUCACCAGCUGUCGUGCGGCGCUCGGUCGCCAGAGGCGCCACCGUCGCCCACUAGGCAGGCCGGCGCUCGGCCCCUCUCAGAUCCUGCGCACAUAUUUAUUUCAUCUCGUUCUGUACAUUGCCGCAGUUUUUCUAAGCAAUAAUAAAUGCGAUGCGAUUGUUUGUGCA